AAUUUUGCCAAUUGAAAUGAAUAUCAAUUUUAACGCUACACCGUUAAAAAACCAUCAUGGCGUCAAUGUGGAGGGUCAUGCCUAGAAAUUUCUAUUCAAGUGAAAAUACAAAAGUGUUAUAUCAAAUAUUCUGCAGAGAGUGCUCGUAUAACAGGCAAGUUACAGUAGCAAGUAGUUGUAUUGUAUGCAAGCCAUGGAGAUACCAGAAUCACAUUUCUCAACAUCAGGUGAGAAACUAUUCAGAUGGAAGGAAAGGAUUUUUUGAGAAUAUUUAUAACAACUUAAAAGAAGGCUUUUCUAAAGAUAAACAUUUAAAUGAAAAUUUGAAAAAGUUUCGUGAAGAAAAACAGAAGCUGGAGAGUUCAGAAACGUUAAAAAAGGCUAGAGAAAAAUUUGAACAUAUUGGUAUGGAAACAGACUCGAAAGAAACAUUUAAGAAAGGCAUACAAGAAGUUAAAAGUAAAGUGUCUGAGACUUUAGAAGAUGUACAGAAGUCAGAAUUUAUAAAGAAGGGCAUUGAAGUGACGGGGGAAUUUGGUAAAACAGUUGGUAAAGCUGGGGAGACCGUACUUGAGCAGGGGAAAAAAUUAGGCGAAAGUUCUACAGUUAAAACAGUUUCCAAGGGUGUUAAAGCAGUGAAAAAAGAAUUUGAUGAAACUGCAUUAUCAAAAGCCAAGCAUUACAAAGCACCAGAAAAAUUACGGAUGAGGUCAGAUAAACUGAAUAUGUCAGAGAAGGACUCUAGGAUAUUUGAAGCAGAUGAUGAUACAGUGACCAUGGUUUUACAUAAAGAUUCUAAAUGGCAUCAAAGUUGGCAGAAUUUCAAGGACAAUAAUGAAUUUGUAAAUAAGGUGUUUGACUUAAAGAUGAAAUAUGAUGAAAGUGACAACAUAUUGGUUCGUGGCACACGUUUCUUCACAGAUAAAAUAUCUAGUGUGUUUGGUGGUAUGUUCUCCAAGACGGAAAUGUCAGAAGUUUUGACGGAAAUAUGUAAAAUGGAUCCAGACUUUACCCAAGAAUCAUUUACACGAUGGUGCCAGUACGAUGUGAUUCCAAAUAUACUAGAAGCUUUGGCAAGAGGGAAUGAAGAAAUAUUAAAGGACUGGUGCUAUGAGGCUCCAUUUAAUGUUCUGAUGCUUCCGAUCAACACGGCAAAAGCUAAUGGUCUUAAAAUAGAGAACCAUAUACUGGAUGUCAGUAAUGUAGAGCUUGCUGCGGGUAAAAUGAUGGAGCAGGGUCCAGUACUUGUGAUAAGCUUCAAUGCUCAGCAAACAAUGGUGGUCAAAAAUGCGAAAGGAGAUGUUGUUGAGGGGGAUCCCGAAAAGGUGAUGGCCGUAACCUAUGUUUGGGCACUGUGUAGAGAUAUGGAGGAAUUAAAUCCAGAUGCCGCCUGGAAACUUUUGGACAUCUCAAUGCAUAGCCAAGAACAGUGGUUAUAGUAAUGUUUCAUGCCAUGCACUGUUUGACCAUCUAUGUACCUCAACUAGGGGACAGACAUCUGGUUACUCCUCAAUCGGCUGAAUUUCUUAAAUGGACUUGACCUCUGUUUAUUUUAGGAACUGUCAUGAUCAAUUUUGGUGACAUCAAAAUGACAAUUUAAAGUAGGUCAGCCAACAGUUUAUAGUGUAGGAAACGAGGACCGGUUAGGAGGACCCUACCGGUCUAUGUCUAGGAACAGUAAGUUUUAUAUACCAAAAUGUUCACAAGGGUUUUGACCCUGGAAGAAUAUAAAGGCUGGCCUGGCUCUAUACUUCUGGCAAAGGUUACUUUCGGUUCAACAUCCUAAUAAUUCCCAAUUCUGUUCCCAAAGUGCUGAGGAAAAAAACGCUGGUUCAACAUAUAUGUUUAUAAGAACAACAUAUUUUAACAACACCCUUAAGGGAAAUGAAGAUUAAAAAAUGAUUUAUGAUAAUAAUCAUGCUACAAGCUGCAGACUAUAAUUUAUGUUUUCUGUUGAAGUUUAUCAUUGAAAAGUACAUUUCUACUGAAUUAACACUGAUUAUUUCAUGAAAUAUUGAACAGGUUUCUUCAGACUGCCUUAAUUAAGUUUAUGAAUGAAAUGGCUUUCAAUAGCUCACAAUAUUUAUGUGUUUUAAUGUGACUGAUAUUUUGUAUACAAUUUUGACAUUCUUACAAAUUCAAGAAUGUUUUUAUGUUUAUGUGAAAUUUAAAAAAAUUUAAGAGAGCUUCAGACUGCUGAUAGGUAAGAAUAUUUGCAAUAAAAAAAGAGUUAUUAGAAGUAUCUUGAUCUGGGAUUUGUAUUUAAUCUGUGUGGAAGGGCGUCCGUGGUCGAAUGGUUUAAGUUGUUGAUUUUGAACCACUUGCCCAUCACCGCUGUGUGUUUGAAUCCCAACUGGGACUUUGGAUUCUUUCGUACUAGGAAGCUAUUGGGCUAGUUUAUGGAACGUUUGUUGCUUGUUUGUGCUUGAAAUAAUGCACAGAAGGGCACCUGAGUUCUUCCAGUAUCAGUAAAGCUGGAAAGUCAGAUACACUGUGUUGGUGUGAGUUUAAACCCAGCCAAAAAAAAUAAAUAAAAUGACCCCAGUGAAUUUUACUAGGAAUAGGUCAUGAGGUGUCAGAUUCAAACUAAAUAUGAGUCACGUCAUGACAAAACCAACAUAAUGAGUUUGCGACCAGCAUGGAUCCGCGCAGUCUGAUCAGGAUCCAUGCUGUUUGCUAUCAGUUUCUCUACUAAGCGAACAGCAUGGAUCCUGAUCAGACUGCGCAAAUGUGCAGGCUGGUCUGGAUCUAUGCUGGUCGCAAACGCAUUAUGUUGGUUUUGUCAUGACGCGGCUCAUAUAUUCAUACUGAUAUAACACCAGUAGCAUUAUUUCCGAUCACACAUGAUACAGAUAAAUUUCUGUCUGGUUAUAUUUGUGCUUGUGAUACAUGCAUGAAAUUAGAAAAAUAUGGACAGGUGUAUAAUAAACUAAUUUAUUUACUGUUAAUAGUAUGACACUACAAUGAUAUGAUAGUUAUUGACAAUUCAGGGUGGGGGGAGUUGUUGCAUAAAUUUUUUUUAUAUUUUACAGCUGCAUGCCUCAAGAUGAGCCAAAAUAUUUUAAGAAAAUCAAUUUUGAGAACAAUGUACCAAGAUUAUAAGAAAUGUAAAUAGUUUGAAGAUAAAAGUAAUGAUUUCCAUGCUAUGUGCAAUUUAUAACUGACUUGACAGUAUUUUUCACCAUAUUUCUAUUGUGUUAGUAACACAGUAAGGGGUAUUUUUGGCGUAUAUUGAUCUUUUAUUUUGUAAAUUAUAUGUGUUGAUUGGGAUGUGUAAAUUAUUUUCUUUCUUCACUUCACAAUAUUUUUCUUUUUAGAACAUUUUCAAAAUUUUCUUGAAAAUCAGCAGGAAUCUGGAGGCAUGCUGCUUUAAGAGUAUGAUUAAAGUAGAACAAAGUCUAGUGUCAUUGAAGACACUCUUAUUCACACUGUGUAUGAUAGAAAUUAAAAAUUAUUUUCUGACUUGAGAGAAUGUUUUAUAUAUAUGUUAGUUUGUUAAGAAUAGUGUAUAUUGGAUGGAAAAUAAAUAAAUAUCUGAACAUGCAA